AUGAAGUUCCUUCCCCUUCGCGACUUCGACGAUGUGACAAGCGCGUUGAAUUUCGACACGCCCGAUUGCCACGUCAUUGGCGGUUGCGAUCUGUACACUACGAAAGCUGCCGGCUCAGACAAGAAGCUCUACCGCAACAUUGAUAAGUCGUUGGAAUCGCAAUACGAAUCCCUCCUCCGAUUGUCGGCUUCGGUCUCACCCGAGGGCUCUGGUCCAUCGCCCCUCAACCUCUCUCGUUCUAGCCCUUUUGGCCCGUUGAGCCAGGUUUCUAGCCGCCGUACUUUUGCAUACCUCAUUGCAACGCUCAAUGCGAGCCACCCGGAUUAUGAUUUCUCACACAUCCUCAGACCUGCGGACUUUCGAAGGGAACGAAGCCUGAAAGCUGUCAUCAACACGAUCGACUCUACCCUCUACAACUUGAGGCCAAGUUCAGGUAUGAUGACACUCCAAGUCCCGUCACAGAUUAGCUACACAACAGCCUCAUCGCCAUCGCCAACAAGCCAGGCAUGGGGCCCGCAGAUGUGGUCAUUGGUCGACAAGGAGAUGAACCUCAAAGAGUGUACAGUCUACUGCUGGGCCCCACCUGAUGAGCCAUUUGAUGGUGAGGAAGCUUCCAUCUGGAGUCUGAACUAUUUCUUCUUCAAUAAAGAGAAGAAGCGAGUAGCGUACCUUUAUGUUCGCGGUGUGCCAGUAAUGACCCACAGCCCUCGACAACGUAGCAGCAUACCCAAAAGAAGUGCCAGCGGAUAUGAUUCGGGAGCGAACAAGCGAGCGAAGUAUUGGCUUGGGGACCAAGCUGCUAACGUCACUAACGAGGAAGACUUAGAAGAGGAUGGAGAUGUAACAAUGUGGGCUAACGAGGAUGAAGUCGAUGCGGAUGAUAACGACGUCCUCUUUGAUGGAGACGAUUUCUGCGACGACUAUGACGACGAGGCCGAUGCUGACGACGAAUCAGAUGAGCAGGACUUCAAAGGUCCAGUACGAGGAGUGAGCGAGGAGAUUGGUGCUUCUAUGGACAUUGAAUAUUGA